AUACUUUUGACUUACUGGCAGAAGUUCUACAAAACCACUCUAUUACUUGCCUACCAGACUUUUGGUGUUGUUUAUGGCGAUCUCUGCACAUCCCCCAUCUAUGUCUACAAGAGUUCAUUCGCUGGUGAAUUACAACUUCAUGAGGGGAACCAUGAGAUUUUUGGGGUACUUUCUUUAGUUUUCUGGACUUUGACAAUCAUCCCUCUUUGCAAGUAUAUGAUAAUUGUGUUAGGAGCAAAUGACAAUGGAGAAGGUGGAACCUUCGCAUUGUACUCGUUACUCUGCCGACACUCCAGAAUGGGCCUUCUGAAGAGUUCUCAUUUGGAACAUGAAUUUGUAACUUGUUGUGAUUCUAAUGUAUCCACAAAGGAGACAAGAGCUAGCUUGGUUAUAAAGGAAUUCUUCAACAAGCAUCGUAGUUCGCGUGUUGUUUUGCUGCUGGUUGUUCUGCUUGGGACUAGCAUGGUCAUUGGUGAUGGAAUCCUGACACCAGCAAUGUCUGUCCUAUCUGCAGUCUAUGGAAUCCAAAUUAAGGCUCCAGAUUUACAUGAGAAUUAUACUGUUGCCAUUGCCUGCGUGAUCUUAGUUGGCGUUUUUGCACUUCAGCAUUGCGGAACACAUAGAAUUGGGUUUCUUUUUUCACCAAUUUUGAUUGCUUGGUUGCUGUGCAUCAGUGGGGUUGGCAUUUACAACAUAUUCCAUUGGAACCCUGAUGUUGUCAAAGCUCUAUCACCAUACUAUAUCUACAACUUUUUUAAGAAAACUGGGAAAGCUGGUUGGAGUUCAUUAGGAGGCAUUGUUCUCUGUGCUACAGGUGCAGAAGCUAUGUUUGCUGAUCUUGGACAUUUCUCAGAGCUUUCUGUUAGGAUUGCAUUUACAGGACUCGUAUACCCUUGCUUGGUUCUGGCUUACAUGGGUGAAGCCGCUUACCUCUCCAAGAACAGAGGUGAUCUUCAGAGUAGUUUCUACAAGGCAGUCCCUGAUGCCAUAUUUUUGCCAGUAUUUAUCAUCGCCACUCUUGCAACGGUGGUGGGAAGCCAAGCAAUAAUAUCAGCCACUUUCUCCAUUAUUAGUCAGUGUAGGGCACUCAAUUGCUUUCCACGAGUAAAGAUAGUGCACACAUCAAAUAAUAUUCAUGGACAGAUCUACAUACCAGAGGUGAAUUGGGUAUUAAUGAUUUUAUGCCUUGCUGUUGUUGUUGGAUUUAGAGACACCGCUACUAUCGGCAAUGCAUACGGUCUGGCAGUAAUCACAGUGAUGUUUGUCACAACCUUGUUGAUGUUUCUGAUCAUUAGUACCGUGUGGAAUAAACAUGUUUUUCUAGCAUUCCUUUUCGUAGUGAUUUUUGGAUUUGUGGAAUUGUCCUAUUUCGAUGCUUGCCUCGCUAAAUUACACAAAGGAGGCUGGUUUCCCAUUGUUGUUUCUGCAGUAGUUUUGUCUCUGAUGUCGAUAUGGCAUUAUGGGACUAUCAAAAAACAGGCAUUUGAGCUGGAGAACAAGGUCAGCUUGGACUGCCUCUUGAGGCUUGGACCAUGCAUGGGAAUAGCAAGGGUUCCUGGAGUUUGCCUAGUUUACUCUCAUGUUACCUCUGGUGUCCCGCCAAUGUUCGCACAUUUUGUCACCAACUUUCCUGCAUUCCAUCAGAUUCUUAUCUUUGUAACCAUUCAGUCUUUGAUUGUUCCAAAAGUUCCAGUCAGUGAUCGUUUCCAUGUUUCUAGGAUUGGCCCACCAGAGGUCCCUCUAUUCCGGUGCGUUGUGAGGUAUGGAUACAAGGACAUCAGGGACAGCUAUGCCUUUGAAACCCAACUGAUUGAAAAGAUGUCAGAGUUCUUGAAACGUGAUUUGAGUAGCGAGCAAAUGGUAGUGAUAGAGCAGUGUUUGCAUGGUGUGAAAACACGGAGAAGUAGAGAAUUGCGGUUCCAAUGUCAAGAAGCAAGUGAAGAUGUAAAUGAACUCAUGGAGGCAGAGGAAGCUGGUGUGGUUUACAUGAUAGGACAUACUUGUGUCAUAUCCAACGAGGCAUCAUGUAUACUGAAGAAGUUUGUCAUUAACGUUGUGUACGGAUUCCUUAGACGCAAUAGCCGGAGCUCUGCAGCUUCACUUGGGAUCCCACACGCUGCAUUGAUUGAAGUUGGUAGGGUUUAUCGUGUAUAAAUGAUGAUAAUGACCUAAUUGAGAGCGUUCAAGCAGGUCUGAAAAUUGUAAACAUAAUUUUUACCAACUCUAUCUUGUGUAUACGGUGUAAGGCCAAUUUUACAGGGUGGAGAUUGUAACAAAUGUAAUAUAUAGAAGAAGCUUGAACAAUGAACAAAGCUGUGGCAGUAA